AUGGAAAUGGAAAAGGCCAGCAACAGCUCGCUGAAGGACCAAAUCAGAGAGGUUCAGUCAAAAGAAGAGGGUACUAUCGAUGAUGCACAGACACUUAUCAACCAGCGAGAGAAAAAGCUGAGAUUGAAGAUGGAUCUGUGGAUCCUGCCAAUUGUCACUCUUCUAUACCUCUUUUGUUUCAUCGAUCGGUCCAACAUAGGCAAUGCUCGCAUCGCAGGUCUAGAGAAAGAUUUACAUCUGAAAGGCUACGACUAUAAUGCACUCCUUUCCAUCUUUUACAUCUCCUACAUCCUCUUUGAGAUACCUGGGAAUGCCCUUUGCAAAUAUAUCGGCCCAGGUUGGUUCAUACCAAGUUGCGUAAUCGGCUUUGGAGUUGCCUCCAUUGGGGCAGCCUUUGUGAAGGACUUUGCACAACUGGCUGGAGUACGCUUCCUGCUAGGGGUGUUCGAGGCCGCGAUGCUGCCGGCGAAUAUCUACUAUCUCUCAAGAUGGUAUACAAGAGACGAACUUGUGUUUCGCAUCUGCUUCUUUAUCCUCUCAGCAUCAUUGGCCGGUGCAUUUGGUGGACUGCUCGCAUCAGGGAUCUUGACUCUGGACCAGGUUGCGGGCGUAACCCGCUGGCGAAUGAUCUUUUUUAUCGAAGGGAUCAUCACCGUAAUUCUUGGCCUUAUUGCGUUGGUCAUGAUGACAGAUCGCCCAGAAACCGCCAGAUGGCUCACUUCUGAGGAGAAGCAACUGAUCCUGGACCGUGUGAAGGCUGAGCGAAUUGGAACAACUGAGGUUGUUGACAAAUUCACUCAGAAGAAAUUCAUCAAAGGCUUUACUAGUCCAGUGGUCGUUGCAACUUCGCUGAUGUUCUUCUUCAACAACAUAACAGUAUCCGGACUUGCAUUCUUCCUUCCCACAAUUGUCAGGACUAUCUACCCAACUCACACGGUCAUCAGCCAGCAACUACACACGGUUCCACCUUAUGCUCUCGGCACGGUUGCUUGCUUGGUCCUUUGCUAUGGCAGCUGGAGGAUGAAGCGGCGAAACAUCUUCAUCACACUUGCGGCCGUCCCAGCUAUGGUGGGAUAUAUCAUAUUCCUCAGCACAGACAAACCAUCAGUUCGUUACGCAGCUACUUUCCUCCCAAUGCUUGGCAUAUUCUCCAAUGGGGCGAUACCCGCAUCACAAGUAUCCGCGGCCGUCGUCUCGGACACUGCACGGCUCUCGGCGGUUGCUAUGUAUGCCAUGAUUGGCAAUCUGGGAGGACUUCUUAGCACUUGGGCGUUUCUGCCAUUCGACUCGCCAGAUUAUGUCAUUGGCAAUGGCCUGAACCUUGCAGUUCAGGGCAUGAUUCUGGUUAUUGGCAUAGGUCUCUUCUUCUGGGCUGCCUGGGACAACCGGAAAAGAGAUGCAAAGGAUAUUGAUGCUGAACUCCAAGGGAAGACUGUUCAUGAAAUUCAGGACUUGGACUGGCGACAUCCAGGAUACCGCUGGCAGCUGUAA